GGCGCAGCUGAGAUCGGGGCGGGGCGGGGCGGGGCGGGAGCACUGCAGUGAAAGCCGAGGCAGCGGACAGGCGAGCAGGGGGUGGGCGGACAUCUUGGGAUCCGAGAGUGGCCAGGCCGGCCUUGUGGGGGCUGCUGACACCAGGUCUGUUCUCAGAGCAAUGGGUCACAGAGACUAAGCUGCCACCAUGAUUGGAGGGUUAUUCAUCUAUAAUCACAAGGGGGAGGUGCUCAUCUCCCGGGUGUACAGAGAUGACAUCGGGAGGAAUGCAGUGGAUGCCUUUCGGGUCAAUGUGAUUCACGCACGGCAGCAGGUGCGCAGUCCUGUCACAAACAUUGCUCGCACCAGCUUCUUCCAUGUUAAGCGGUCCAACAUCUGGCUUGCAGCAGUCACCAAGCAGAAUGUCAAUGCUGCCAUGGUCUUCGAAUUCCUCUAUAAGAUGUGUGAUGUAAUGGCUGCUUACUUUGGCAAGAUCAGUGAGGAAAACAUCAAGAACAAUUUUGUGCUCAUAUAUGAGCUUCUGGAUGAGAUUCUGGACUUUGGCUACCCACAGAACUCAGAGACAGGCGCACUGAAAACCUUCAUCACUCAGCAGGGCAUCAAGAGUCAGCAUCAGACAAAAGAAGAACAGUCCCAGAUCACCAGCCAGGUGACUGGGCAGAUUGGCUGGCGGCGGGAAGGCAUCAAAUAUCGCCGAAAUGAACUCUUCUUAGAUGUUCUGGAGAGUGUAAACCUGCUAAUGUCACCACAGGGGCAGGUACUGAGUGCCCAUGUGUCAGGCCGGGUGGUGAUGAAGAGUUACCUGAGUGGCAUGCCUGAGUGCAAGUUUGGAAUGAAUGACAAGAUUGUCAUUGAAAAGCAGGGCAAAGGCACAGCUGAUGAAACAGGCAAGAGCGGCAAGCAAUCAAUUGCCAUUGAUGACUGCACCUUCCAUCAGUGUGUGCGGCUCAGCAAGUUUGACUCUGAACGAAGCAUCAGCUUCAUCCCACCUGAUGGAGAGUUUGAACUCAUGAGAUACCGUACCACCAAGGACAUCAUCCUUCCUUUCCGGGUGAUCCCAUUGGUGCGGGAAGUGGGACGUACCAAACUGGAGGUCAAGGUGGUCAUCAAGUCCAACUUCAAGCCCUCACUUCUGGCCCAGAAGAUUGAGGUGAGGAUCCCAACUCCACUGAACACAAGCGGGGUGCAGGUGAUCUGCAUGAAGGGGAAGGCCAAGUACAAGGCCAGCGAGAACGCCAUUGUGUGGAAGAUCAAGCGCAUGGCAGGCAUGAAGGAAUCACAGAUCAGUGCAGAGAUUGAACUUCUGCCCACCAACGACAAGAAGAAGUGGGCUCGACCCCCCAUCUCCAUGAACUUUGAGGUGCCAUUCGCGCCUUCUGGCCUCAAGGUGCGCUACUUGAAGGUAUUUGAACCGAAGCUGAACUACAGUGACCAUGAUGUCAUCAAAUGGGUGCGAUACAUUGGCCGAAGUGGCAUUUAUGAAACCCGCUGCUAGCUGCCUAGUUGCAGCUGGCCCGCCUCCCCACCCACCCUUUUCCACAGGUCCAAGUAUCCCCAGUGGCCAUUCGUCAGUCUUCCUCCCUCCUGCUUUGCUGCCUUUCCUUUGCUCUAGCCCCUGAGUAUAGGUCUGAACCAGCCACAGUGGGAAUGCUGAGGCAGUCCCCAGCUUUCUGGGCAGGGUGGUUUUUGAGGCUUCUUUUCCAUCUGUCUGUCCUGGCUUAGUGCCAGGCCCUGAGUUUUGUGACCAAAGCCAGGUGGCCUCCUCUCCUUUCUACCCUUGUGGCCACACCUCUGCAGUGGGAAGGUUAACAACCCUCACCUCAGAGCUCCCCCAAAGGCCAGUAACAGAUCCCCCAGCCUGUAGCCCCUGCUCUGCUUUGGGAUAGUAUGCUUUGUUUUGUACACAUGUGACUUUGUCCAGUUAUAAACCCAAUAAACUGUAGAAUGGAA